AUGUCGAGUACCGAGCAACAACCAUCAGCAUUCAAUGCUCUCGGUUCAUACGCUGAUAGGAUCAAAGAUGCUAAUGGUAAUCCCACCAAACCCACAUCUUCCCCUGCACCGUCAGUCCCCCUCGCACCCAACGGUGAUACCAUCAAAACCGAUUCUCCAUCUCCAUCAGCAACUCCCUCGUCAUCGUCAUCAUCAUCAUCGACAGCAAAGUCUCGUCCAAUGAAAUUGUCAUCUGCUUCCGUUGAACCUAGCAAAGAGACCGAACAAGAUGGAACAUGGGAGACAGUCAAGUCGAGUAGGCAGCGCCCUCGUCAGCAAGAAGAAAAGGAGAAACAUGGUAGUAACUCUAAGAACUGGAGAGAUAGAUCAAACCGUGAAGGGCAAGGUCAAGGAUCAAGUCAAAAACAAAAAACGGGCGAUGAAGCAGAGAAGAAAGGGGGACAAGGGAAAUCGCACAAAAAGCAUGGUCAUCAAGCUACCCCAUCUGCAUCGGCAACUCCAUCGAGUGGAGCAGCAACCAAACCAGCCACAACGAUAUCAGCUCCAACGAAACCGGCUUGGGGAGCUCUAACGCAGUCUGCAAAAACUGCAGCUGUGAGCUCGGAUGCCGCUGAAAGUGCCAAAGAGAAUGGUCAACAAAGCCAAACGGUCCCCUCUUCGCCUUCACUGAAUGGCACAACUGUCACCGCUAAUUCUGUCUCGAUACCUCCUUCUAUCGGUUCACCCAACCUCUCAUCCGAAACCGCUUCGACGUCGACGGCGAAUGCAAGUGUGUUGUCGAAAGCCGUCGAUAAACUCGAAGAAGAGGGAAGUUGGCGUGCUAGACCGAAAUCUAAAGUAGACGAUACACCUCAACCUGCACCUCAACCGGUUCAACCGAGACAGGCCGCUCCUCCCCCAGCAGUGAACGCUUGGGAAAUGAGGAAAAAGUCGAUGGCUCCUCCUGCAACUACACCUGCAUCUGCACCAGCACCAACAAGCAGGACACCGAGUCAAGCGAAACCUGCACCAAAUCAAUCUGCAAAAGAAACGGUACAGAAAUCGAUACCGAAUGGUCACGUCAAAGUCGAAGGUACUUCCAAACAUAAGAAAAAGACUGCUGCUCGCGCGACCUCAUCGGCGUUACCUCCACCCAUACACGAUGCUGCUCUUUGGCCAGAUGUUCAUCAAGCUGCUGAGGUGGCAAAAGCUGGCGAAGAAAAGAAAGACAAAGCAAAGGAUAGACUUACCAACGAGGAAACAAGCGUGACUGAGGAUAGUGCGAUUAGUACAGGAACAGGGAAAAAACCGAAAUGGACUCCUAUCCCUGCAUCAGAGCUACUAGCUGCUGUAGAUCAAGUAGCUGAGAAUAACCGUCGACAGAGUCGAGCAGAAGCUAAUGCGAAGAAGAGAGCUUCAGCCUCGAAAGCUGAGAAUGAAGCUUCAGGAUCUGCCAAUAAAGUUGGAAAGGCUAAGAAGAGUGUCGUGCAACCUGGUGAAGCUAAGAAAGGAGGUGCUAGAGCUGGACGAGCUGGAUCCACAAGUGAAUCCAGAUCAUCAUCAAUACCGAACAAGCAGUCAGCCGAGUCGACGGCAGGCGAAAUCACUCUGGAGGAAUCAAACAACGAUGAUAGCAAGAAAGUUAUCGUCAAUGGCGAAGUCGAAAACCCUCUCUCACGACAAACAAGUAAACAAAGUAAAGCCGGAUCACCCAAAAAGGGCGAACAAGCUCAGUUACCCUCAACGAACAAAGAUGCUUCUCCUCAUCUACGGUUCGGCAGUGGACCUUUACAAUCUCGACCCAUGACCGGAAGUAAUACCGCGCCGUUACCUCAACAUGGAUUCAAUCAUAACACCAAUAGUACCUUACCUAGAGUACCUAGAGGCAGGGAUGGCAGAGCGUCAUUCAACGGUAGAGGUAGAGGAGGCUUCAGAAGCAACUCGGCGAUCGCCCAUCCACAUAAAAUGCAUCCUGGAUUUGGUUCACCCCCCUUAGGAGGAACCUCCGGUUUGCCCAUGGAUGGAUUCCCCAACCCGAAUGCUAACACCGUGCAGAGAGGUUUCGUCAAUAUGGGAUUCCAAUCUUUCUACCCUGUUCAAGGAUACGGUCAGACUACCGCUGGACCUGGAAUAUACGAUCCAAUGCAAGCUCAGUAUGGCGCUGGUGCGAUGUACAGAGCUGGUUUACCACCUCCACCAAUGCCUCAGACAGUUGUGCCCAAUUUAGAUGCUACUAGGUUUUACGUUUUGGGACAGAUCGAAUAUUAUUUCAGUAUGCAAAAUCUUGCUAUGGACUUCUUCCUUCGUCAACAGAUGGAUUCUGAAGGAUGGAUUGACAUAUCAAUGAUCGCAUCGUUCAACCGAGUCAAAUCAUUGACACCGGAUGUGUCGAUGGUCAAGGAGUGCAUGGCUCUCUCGUCACUGCUAGAAGUCAAAGAAGAGAGUGUAAGAUUGGCUGGACCAGAUUCAUCGAGAUGGGUGCUACCCGAUGCUAGAAAGAGCAGAUUCGCCAAUGAGUCCAAUACGAACAAUCCGAUGUCCCCUUCUCAAGCGACAGAAGAAUCCUUAUCAGCCGAUCAGUCGUUGGUGUCCAAUAAUGAUGAUAGUGCUAGAGGGACCAGCUCGACAGCUGCGGACGUGGAAAAUGCCUUGAUGAAGAGUAGUCAUGCUGCGAUACCUGCGCCUGCACCGGCGGUGAAUGGCGUUGUUGAAGUUGGUGAGAAGAAGGAAGGGCAGGUGGAAGCUAAGGGAGAGGGUUCGGUGGAGGCUGAUGAGGAAAAAGAAGAAGUCUAG